GUAGUGUCCCGCAGUGUGUAUGCAUGUGUGUGAGUGUGCGUGUAUAUAUAAGACAAUGUGAUAGCUUAUUGUCACUUCAUCUUCACUUGCCUGACACCAUGUCCUUCUCUGGAAAAUACCAACUGGAGUCUCAAGAGAACUUUGAGCCUUUCAUGAAGGCCAUUGGUCUUCCUGAUGACCUCAUCCAGAAGGGCAAAGAUGUUAAGAGCAUCUCUGAGAUUGAGGAGAAUGGCAACAACUUUAAGGUGACUGUCACAACUGGAUCCAAGGUCCUCGUCAACUCUUUCACCAUUGGGCAGGAGGCUGAGCUUGAGACCAUCACGGGCGAGAAGGUCAAGGCGGUGGUUCAGCGUGAAGGCAACACAUUGAAGGUUUCCCUGAAGGGAAUUGAGUCUGUCACCCGCCUCGAUGGGGACACAAUUGUCAAUACUAUGACACUCGGUGACAUUGUAUACAAGAGGAUGAGCAAACGUAUUUAAGUCUGCACCUGGGAAGAAUAAAAUUGUGAAAAGGCAAA